CUUCAGGGAGAGGGGAAACGCACUGUAGGCUUGGCACAGCUCAAUCCGUGGACGGUGAGCCCGCUCCAGGCCCAGGGCGAGUGGGUGGUGCAGGCUCUCCUGAAGUCACAGCUGGUUCCUCUCUGCCUCUUCGCGUGAACGUCUCUGCUCGGGCGAAGCCUCCUUCCCCCCGGCUCCGGCCGUCUGCAGCGCUUUUCCCGUUUUGCGCCGCCACGCCGGCUCCCAGUGUCAGCUUGUGGUGUUUACUUGCCCGUUCUGCGGAAUUGCAGCUGCAGGGAAGUCCCUUUGGCUCUAGGGUCAUGGUUACCUUUGUAUCACUUUAUCCUUAUCUUGUUUAUUCUGAAAUUUUGUAAUCCUUAGAUGAACUUCAUGUCACAAAGUUAAAAAUUGGAUGAUUUUGUAUUGUUGGUAGACCCUAAAUUUCACCUGUAGUGAGGAGGUGAUACUCCUCUGUCCACAGCUAAGGCUUGAGACACUGUUCUCAGUAGACAAUAUUCAAAGUGUGUUUCUGUAGGUUGUUCUUCAGGCUUUUUCUAACGUCCUUGGCUCUUCUCUGAUGUUCACAGGUCUUUUCUCAGUCUGUUGUAAGGAAGAGACUGCUGUACCAGCAUUGGGAAAGGAAUGCAGGGUCUUUAAAAGCAGUGUUUCCAAUGCUAGUUUUCAAGCUCUUUUUUGUAUGUCUGUACUGAUAAUAUUUCAAGGCCAUUGAAUCUGCCUAAACCUGCACUCAAGAUGUAGGUUAGACAGGAAAUGAACUUCCUGGCCCAAUGCUUACUACACAGCCAAUUUCCAGCUUUUGAAAGAGGAACUUGUGAUGUGUUUUGUAUGAUCUGCUUCUCCUCCAGGUUUCUUCAGUGUUUUUUGUUCCUCAAAAAAUUAACUCAAUAUCCUUUUUUUUUUUCUUUUCUCUAGUUUGCAGCGCUGCAGAGGACACUGCAUUGUAGGUGUGCAGGCUCCUGAUGUGCUCUUUCUUCUCUUUUUCCUUAUGUAUUUUGCUUAUCAGUAAAAAUAGUGCAUGGCAUUAGUAUUUAUUGUUCUCUCUGGAUGUUUGAGAAGAACGAGGCAGCUAGGACUUCUGAACAAUUGUUUCAAGCUUUUUGCAAGCUUGGACAGGGAACACUGUAUGCCUUCAGUUUGUUUCAUAUUUUAGAUAUUAUCUUUAGUGAUGAGAGCUGGAGUCUUGACACUGAGCGGAGGUUAAAAUGGCAGGCUCAUCCUUAUUUGCCUUUAAAUUCUGCAUCAUUGACCUGUUGUAAACUGGCUCAGCUUGAACCCAGCUGAAGGCAUUUUGGCAAGCCAUCCUUAUGCUUAUUUUAUGAUAUACUCUAAUCUUGAGUUUUAUCAAGAAUAUUUGUAGGAACUUCGUCUGUGCUCUUCCUGCACUUUCCAUUAACACUUGCCCUGUUCCUGUGACACUGCUCUUUGUAAUGCUGAGAGUGAAGUAUAGAGGUAAAGUGAAUGAAGAAACAGAGACCUGAAAUGAAAGUAGGGGUGACAGUGUGUCUGAUGCCAAUGGGUGUUUCUUGGAGAAGAUGCUUUUCCUGUAAGGUAGUUCCUGUUCUGUCACCUGGGAGUAGGGACAGAAACCUCCUUGAGGUAAUGCUUGUAACACCCACUUCUGUGACUGGAGUAGUAUACAAGGUAUGUGAAGGGAGGAAGAAACUGUACAGAUUGCAUAAAGCAGCUGCAAACACCACCUUGCUAAUCUUGGCUGAAGAAGCUGGGGCUCCCCUGUUAUCCCCAAAGGUCUGAAAAAUCUUGGACUUGAAUCAGCUGCUAGUGACUUCUCCUUUCCCAGGCCCUUUUCUCUUGCUGCUAAAAUGUCCAAUCCUGAUGAUAGAAUUUGAGACUACUUUUUUUUUUUUCUCUUUUUGCCUCUCAUUUAAAAUUGACCAUUUUCACUGUUGGUCAUCUGCUCACUCGGCAGCCUGAAAAGGCUGAUCUCAGUGCUCCUCUUGUUUGUUACUGUCAUUUCAAAGGGUCUUCUGGAGCUCUACAUCUUUAACACACCAGUUGAUGGUUUCUUUGAUCCAUGAUGAGUUUAUGAGGAAUUACCUAUACAUCCAUGCUGUGCCAGAGUGAAUAAGGGUUUUCUCACCAAAUCUAACCUUGUGCAAAUUGAUCCUGUAACUGAAGCAAAAAAAAGUAUGGGCAAGGGUAUUUCUAGAUUCUCUUUCUGCAACUGAGCCACAUACUUGAGGCUGGUUUGCACAGUUUUGACAGGCUAAACCACUUCAGAAACAUUUGGUUUAAUUUGUUCUGUGCCAUUUGGGGAGUGAAUUUCUUUUGGAUUAUACGUCAGUACAACAAUCUAGAUGCAAACUCAGAAAUUAUUUCUAGACCUGAAGUAAGCGUCUAUGAGAGCAUUUCAAAUAUAAUUCAGUUGCUACCCAAACCUCUGUCGUAUGGCAGUCUCUGCAUUCAUGUGGACCUAGACAAGUCCCUUGAACCUGAGUCCAUGCUGAUAGCUGAAAUGCAGAAUGGCAACAUAAUACAUUGUGAAGUUUAGUUCACGAUGUCUUUUAGGAGGGUGCUAAGGUGCUGAUCCAUUCCAGUGUCCACCUUUCUUUCAUUGUCUUUGUUAGAAUUCUGUCUUUCCUACAGUUUUGUGCAGCAGAAAAAGUGUUGUAUUUGAGACAAUGCAAGUCUCAAAUAUAAUUUCUUUAAUUGCAAGGAAGAUGAAAAGGAAGCUUGCUUUUGGAGUGGAUAAAGUUGUGGUUGAAAGUAAUGAAUUUAAUAGGUCUAUCUGGAAAUGCUUUGAAAUUCCACACCUGUUGGUGCCCCUUCCCCACCCUCAACAGUUAUUUCACCUGUGAGAACAAAUGGAAAUCUUUUUAGGGUUUUCUCCAGAGCGUACGUGUUUGCAAUUCCACAUACCUGUUUAAAGUAACUUCUGCUGAAACCUUGCAUCCCUGUCUGCUUGGAAUUCCACAGAGUACUUACUGCACACUGAAGUGUGCAUAGGUAUUAGAAAAGGCUAAUUUAUGAUCAUAUUUUUAAAGCUAUCAUUUUGUUAGAAAUAUGGUUCUUACAAGGGAGAGGAAUGGGCAUCCCUGUCUGUCUCUGAAAAGUUGCGUUUCGUUGGAUUUAUCUACUCAAACCAGAAAGCAUGUGCACUGGAAAAUGCAUGCAGGUCUUGUGGCAGUGGGGUUGUAAGGUGUAGAACUACCUUGAGGUAGUCUGUACCUGUUAUUCUGGUAGAAUAAAACUGUUGCUUACUUCUGCUUUAUUUAAAACCUUUUAUGUUAUCUGGACAUCUGUGUAAAACUGAUGGCUGUUUUGAAGGACUGGUGGCUGUCAGGGUCCACUCAAAUAGCAAGAGAGCUGUUGCAUUCAUCUUGCUGAGUUUCUUUUUUUACAAGCCACAGGCUAAAAGCCAGCGUCAGGCUCCUUUAGGUUUUGAAAUGCUGCCAAGUGGUGGUUGUGAGGAUGGCUUUCAACAUUUUUAUAAAUGUCAUGAAACGCGUACGCACAGAACAGAUUCAGAUGGCAGUGUCCUGCUACCUCAAGCGCCGUCAGUACGUGGACUCAGAAGGUCCCCUAAAGCAAGGCCUGAGGCUGUCUCAGACUGCUGAAGAGAUGGCAGCUAAUCUCACAGUCCAAUCUGAAUCUGGUUGUGCCAACGUGGUGUCUGCAGCUCCCUGCCUGACGGAGCCACAGCAAUAUGAAGUACAAUUUGGACGAUUACGCAAUUUUCUCACAGAUUCGGAUUCUCAGCACAGCCAUGAAGUGAUGCCUCUUCUGUAUCCCCUCUUCGUCUACCUCCAUCUGAACAUGGUCCAGAAUGGCCUAAAAAGCACAGUGGACAGUUUUUACAGCCGCUUCCAUGGCAUGUUCUUGCAGAAUGCCAGCCAGAAGGAUAUCAUUGAGCAGUUGCAGACAACCAUGACUAUUCAAGAUAUCCUGUCCAACUUGAAGCUCCGGGCUUUCCUGGACAACAAGUACGUCAUCCGCCUUCAAGAGGACAGCUACAACUACCUUCUUCGCUACCUCCAAAGUGACAACAACAACGCCCUGUGCAAAGUCCUGACUUUGCACAUUCACCUGGAUGUACAACCUGCCAAGAGGACUGACUACCAGCUCUACGCUGGUGGGAGCUCCUCGCGCAACGAGAGCAAUGGCCUGGAGCCCAGCGACGUGCCAGCUUCCAUUCUGCAGAAUGAGGCAGCACUGGAUUUACUGCAGGACAGCAUUAAACGUGUCAAGGACGGGCCCCCUUCCUUAACGACCAUCUGUUUCUAUGCCUUCUAUAACACAGAGCAGUUGCUAAACACUGCAGAGAUUUCACCAAAUAGCAAGCUGCUUGCUGCUGGGUUCGACAAUUCGUGCGUGAAGCUGUGGAGCUUGCGUUCCAGGAAGUUAAAAUCUGAGCCCCAUCUCGUUGAUGUGUCCCGCAUCCGCCUGGCUUGUGACAUCCUGGAUGAGGAGGAGGAAGAGGACGACAGUGCAGGCACAGAAAUGAAGAUCCUUAGAGGACACUGUGGACCUGUGUAUAGCACAAGGUUCCUUUCAGAUAGUUCAGGACUCUUAUCUUGUUCUGAGGACAUGUCCAUCAGAUACUGGGACCUCGGAAGCUUUACAAACACUGUGUUGUACCAAGGACAUGCCUAUCCUGUCUGGGAUUUGGAUAUUAGCUCCUGCAGCCUGUACUUUGCCAGUGGUUCCCACGAUCGCACUGCCAGGCUCUGGACAUUUGAUCGGACGUACCCGCUGCGAAUAUACGCAGGCCACUUGGCGGACGUCGACUGUGUCAAGUUCCACCCCAAUUCCAACUACUUAGCGACCGGCUCCACGGACAAAACCGUGCGCCUGUGGAGCACUCAGCAAGGGAACUCGGUGCGUCUUUUCACCGGGCACCGUGGCCCCGUCCUAGCACUUGCGUUUUCUCCCAACGGUAAGUACCUGGCGUCAGCAGGUGAAGACCAGCGGCUGAAGCUGUGGGACUUGGCAUCAGGAACUCUUUACAAAGAACUGAGGGGGCACACGGACAACAUAACCAGCCUUACUUUUAGCCCCGACAGUAGUUUAAUUGCUUCGGCAUCGAUGGACAAUUCGGUCCGGGUCUGGGACAUUCGGAACACUUACUGCAAUGCCCCUGCAGAUGGGUCUUCCAGUGAACUGGUUGGUGUAUAUACCGGACAAAUGAAUAAUGUACUGAGCGUACAGUUUAUGGCCUGUAAUCUUCUUCUAGUGACUGGAAUUGCACAAGAAAAUCAGGAACAUUAAUUUUUGUUUUUUUUCUUAGGGAAGUGGGUGGGUGUAUUGAAUGCCAGAGUCCAUUGCAGCUGAGAUUACUGACUGUGAAACACUUUUCUUCCUCUGCCCCCUUGAAAGGCAUGUCCAGAGUGAUGCAAAUGCUUUAAAAUGUCUUGCCCACAAAAAAGGUCUGUGCUGUUGCUGCAACAAGAAAAAGGAGCGAUGAAAAUACAUAUAUCUUCUAAUCCUGCAGGGAUGGGGAAGGGGGGUGUACAUCCAGUAGCUUGAUGAAUCUGAAAGCCUGGUCCAGACAAGUGAAACUGCCAACCAGAUAAGCUGCUGACCUGCGCUUAAAUGUCCUGCAUUGAUUGAUGGGCACAUCUUACCUACUGUUAACUGAGGCUUGAGUGUGUGGAGAACUACUGCCAAGUGUUUUUUUGUUUUGUUUUGCUUUUGUUUUCCUGGUAUUGUGGAGGAACAGCGUUUUAAGACUUCUAUUAAAAGAAUACUAUGUGUUUUCUACAGUGAUAGUGGUCCUAAAUAUUACAGCUCCCUGUAGCACUUCUGGAAUAUUUUGGACUAGCUAAGUAGAAAAUACCAGCCUUCUUUUUAGUAGGGAAAUCUGACCUCAGUUGGGGCCCAUCUCUGCGUGGUCAUUUGGGUUUGGUUCCUGGUACUAGCUGUGAUACUUGUAUUUAUGUUCCAUUAAUUAGGAAUCUUUCUGAAUCUGGUUGCACUGUGUUUUGAGGGUAGGAGGAUAGUGAGGGUAGAGCAGUGGCUUUAAGAGUAAUAAACAACUUGCCUUCUCUGGAGAGAGGGCACAAUAGAACUGAAGCAGUUAAGUUUGGACUCCUAAUGGAAAUGGGGCAUGUCAAUCCACCACUGCACCUCACAGAAAUAUUUCCGUAAAUGGAAGUUGGCAGUUUAGGGAGAAGGGAACAGGGAGGAAGAGACACACAAAGUGACAUGGGAAAAAAUAGUAUUACUAAAUUAUUGUGCGUACACAGAGGCAGCUCUGCCAGUGUUGGAUUUCUCUCAAAAUGUUGCAAUAUCAGUUUCAUGAACACUUUGUGAGAUAAAUCAUCAGCAUAUACAACAAGGAUCUGUGGAAAAAGCACGUUCUAGUUUGUCAUUUCGAGAGAUUAAAUAUUUCUGCUUUCUGGAAA